GUCGACGGCACCAGAGCUUUCUAUGUAAUUGAAUGACAUUUUGGUCGACACUUGACCUGACGCAAAUCGUUUGGCAGACAUCACUCAGGAGGCGGGCAGACUCUACUUCACUUUGGAAACUAUCCUCCUGCACCAAGGACGCACUCGUAAUUCAAAAACAUGGCAGGCAAAGACGUGGUCGUGACCGGAGCCACUGGUCUCCUCGGAAGACAGGUAUCGCGGGCGUUUGAUAUGAAGAGUUGGAACGUCAAGGGUACGGGAUACUCUCGCGCCGACGGCGUCUCCGUCUUCAAAGUCGACCUCGGCAAAACCUCUGAAGUUGAAAAGUUCCUCGACGAAUCCAAGCCUCAGGUAGUCGUGCACUGCGCCGCCCAGAGGUUCCCAGACAAGGUCGACAGCGACCCGGACGCCGCCCGCGCCCUUAACGUCGAGGCCACACGGUCCCUCGCCAAGCUCUGCGCCGCCCGCUCGACCCUGCUCAUCUACAUCUCAACCGACUACGUCUUCUCCGGAAAACAGGGGGACGCCCCCUACGAGGCCGACGCGCAGACGGGGCCGACAAACCUCUACGGCCAGACCAAGCUGGACGGCGAGCGCGCCGUGCUGGAGGAGUACGAGGCCGCUGGGCCCGGUGCCGCGGGGCUGGGCCUCGUCCUCCGUGUACCUGUGCUGUACGGCAAGGCGGACACGCCGGCGGAGAGCGCGACGAAUGUUCUCAUGGACACGUUGUGGAAGACGCAGGACGGGGGCGCCAAGGUGAAGAUGGAUCACUGGGCGAUUCGGUACCCGACCAACACGGAGGAUAUUGGGCGCGUGUGUCACGAUAUCGCCGACAAGUACCUCGGGGCCGAAGACCGCAGCUCGUUUCCCAGGAUCCUGCAGUUCUCUAGCGAGGACAGGAUGACAAAGUACGAGAUUUGCCAAAAGUUUGCAGAUAUCAUGGACCUUUCCAUGGACGGCAUCAUUGCCAAUACGGAGGGCAACGACCCAAAUGCGAGCGUGCAGCGGCCGUACGACUGUCAUCUCAGCACGCGGGCUCUCAAGGAUUUGGGCAUUGAUGUGUCGACGAGCGACUUCAUUGGGUGGUGGAGGCGGGAGGUGCAUGCUUUCCGGCACUGAAUCUGGCUUCAUCUCGUCUCACUGGGAUAGAUAUUUCUAUCUGGACAGUUCUGGUGCACAGAUUCGAACCUGACUAGAUCAACAGCGUGA